CCCCGCCCCCACUCGCCACCCGCGCAUCCACCUCCGCACAGACCCCCUCCCUGUCCUCGCUGGCCGAGCGCAGCCCCUCCGCCAAACCCCUAACAAGGAACUUCCCCCGGGCCUUCUCCGUACAAGCAUCUAUAUUCAAUCGCCUCUAUCUCGCUAUUCCACGCCCAACUUGAAUCGCAAAGAUACCGUAGCCGUCACUCGUUCAAUCCCCCGUUGUCAGGUUUACAACACCCCCUUCUGCGCAGACGACAGCCCCUGCCCAUCUCCGUGUCAGUCUUGCGACCGCUUCGGUGUCACCGAGCGAGAAAGCACCGCCCAUCCAACCUAUCGCCACUCCUUUCACCACACCCUUCCGUCCGAACGAAACUCCCUUUCCCCAUCAAACGUCUAUCGCACCUUCGCAGCGGUCCUCGACAGGCUCUUUUCACCACUAUCCUCCUCCCACCGAGGAUCAGUAGAGACGCGAGAUGUGUUGUGAGGCUGAUUGGAAGCGAGAGGUUGUGCCGGAUCACAAGUUUGACUUUAUCAACGUCCGCGAAUUCCACAAAACCGACUUCUGGACCCGGUUCAAAUAUGUUCUCCGAUACGUCUUUCUCCUCAAGUCUUUCGCCGUCUACGGCUUGGACAUCUUUUCCGCUGUUACCAUGAUUUCAUCCACCCACUGGACCAAUGCGAUUACUUCCAAAUGUGACGACAGCGACGACUGUCCUGUUGAAGUGCAGUUCAGUAUUGCCAAAUGGGUCUUUGUUGGCUGUAUCAUCUUCUCUUUCCUCCUCCUCGGCUACGAGUCGUACAAGGCAAAGAAAGUCGUCGAUUCGAGAGACAUCUCUUACGCGUUUACCAACCUGUUGGCAAACGACUACUACUGUUUCAAAAACUAUGACAACUUUUGUCUCUUUUGCCAGAUCGAGUCUUCCACCAAAAAGAAAGAUGACUUUGCCUUUUUCAUCUUUUUCGCUUUCAAAAACUGGAAACGUCUCCUCCUCGCCGACGGCCCACGUCAAUCCAUCAACGGCAUCCUCCUCUACGCCUUUGCCUCCGCCAACGAUUUCCAAACAUCCGACAUCCCAGCUUACUGGGACGGAUCCGCAGUCACCGCCCUCCUCCUCUUCUCCAUGAUCUUUACCGUCCUCAUCUUUGCCGGUUCCCUCCUCAUGCUCAUCUUUGCCGCCGUCGCCUACGUGCCACUGCUCUGCUAUAUCCAAGGCAACUUGAAAGAAUACGUGUGCCACAAGGUGGACAAGCGGAUUACAGAUUUGAUCAAGAAGAAGCAGAAACACAGGAUUGCGAGGGCGGCGGCUAUUGAAAAGGCGCGCGGUGGCGCUGGGGGCGGGAGUGCAAAGGAAAGUAUGGGCGGAUUGCCCCAGCCUACUUUACCUCAGGUAUCCCUAGACGACGACGAGGGCGACACCGCCUCCCGUGCCCGGUCCAAAGCCGAACGCGCAGGGCUCCAUGUCCCCAACGCAUUCGACCCUUCCGCCAACGCGAGCUACGGUUCUUACGACGUCUAUGAGCCCAGUGGCGCAUACGCAGAGGAUGAUGGAUCGUCGGCCAACCUAGCUGCGCAUGCUGCGCCUUUGGGUAUCUCGUACCCGCCUGCCGCCGUGGCUGGUGCCCCCUCUUUACCGCCGAGUUACUCGACGGGUGCGCUGCCGAAUCCGUACUCUCCGGCACAACAAGGCGCUUUCCCAGCUUCGAGAUCGAAUGGGAGUUUGCAAGACUACACGACGGGCGGGGGCCAACCCUCUGGCAGGGUAUCCCCCUACGCCCAAAGCGGCCGUCUCUCCCCUUCGCCUUACGGCCAGAACGGGCGCAUGUCCCCCUCUCCCUACGGCCAAAACGGGCGCAUGUCCCCUUCACCAUACGGCGCCCAAAACGGGCGGGUCUCGCCCAAGCCGUAUGGAGCGGAACAGGGGUAUAGUCAUGUCAAGCGCGAGUCGGCGGGGACUGGGGGUACGUAUGGGGGUUACCAACAGGGUUAUCAGACUGCGCAGACUCAACGGCAAGGGGGGCAGCAGGGGUAUUAUAAUGGGAGUGGGGGAGGAGGGGGCGCUGGCGCUGGGUAUGGGUAUGAUCAUAGACAACAGCAGCAGCAGUGGAGAUGA